CCGAUCAAUAUCACGGAGUAUCUUUUCUUCUCCAUUUUCGGCCAAAAAGACACCGAAGAUUUCACAAUUACGUUGAAACAAAAGCUGCAACCAGGAUGGACGAUUUAUUUCUUCAAGGUGUCAUUCUCUCUAUAUAUGCUCGUCAGCGUCAUAGUAUUGAUUAAUCUGCUAAUUGCCAUGAUGAGCGACACGUAUCACAACAUUCAGUCGCAGAGCGAUAUCGAAUGGAAGUACGGUCUCAGCAAACUGGUUCGCAAAAUGCAAAAGACAAAAACCGCACCGUCACCGUUGAAUCUUGUCACCACAUGGGUGGCAUUUCUUAAGAGAGUUUGUAAAAGGAAACACAUCGCAAGGCAGACAACCGACAGAUCACAUGGAUACAUGGAACCUACCAUGCAUCAGAAUGACUUUCCAAAAUCUACCAAUAAUAGGAUACUUCCGGUGUCGCGAACGAAAGGCAAUGUCAAUUUCUCAUUACUUCAAUCGAGCCCGGCUGACAGUCAAUGGUCCUUGAAUAAUGCUCCAAGAAUACAGAAUGUCGUCGACUGGGACAUAGUGCGUCGAAAGUAUCGCGUGCGAUUUGGAGAUGAAGUUGAAAAACCGUCCGAUGGAGGAGAGACAACGCUUGCUGCAAUGGCUUAAACAGUCGAGUUAGCUUAAUCCGACAUAUUCCCUCGUUGAAUAUAUAAGUUUCAAUAACAUACGUCACUUUUUAUCACUACUCUAUUUUAUAUCGUAAUGUAUUUGUGAUAAACGUCGUACGUAGAUAAAAUACUUUCUACUCUUUUGUACGUUUCCCGCGGUACUGCUAAUUUAUAAAAUAUAUGUAAG